AUGUCUUAUUACAUUAGUAACAAAAAUUUAUAUCCAACAACUUUAUCCAUUUCGAAUAGUUUCGUAGCCCAUGUCGAAGAAAAAUCAAAAAAUAAAAUAUUUUUGGAUGUCACUCCAGAGAGGACGCCUUUUAAGUCGUCCCGGUACGCCAUUGUUCCUUUAAUAAAUAAUUUAAUUGACACUAAAAUUUAUAGGGAUAUUAUUUAUGAAAAUAUAAAACCUGUGUUUACAUUAUUAAGGCUAAUGGGUAUACUUCCAUUAACAAGAUCAUCUCGUGGAGUGAAUCAGUUUAAAAUAACUUCGAUUUCUAUGAUUUACUCAGCCAUGGUCUACUUUCUACUAGUUGGCUACGUUGUGUAUUUGUCUUUGAACAAAGUUCAAAUAUUGCGCACAGCUGAAGGCAAAUUCGAGGAAGCCGUUAUUGAAUAUCUGUUUACGGUAUAUUUAUUUCCAAUGAUAGUAGUGCCAAUAAUGUGGUAUGAAACAGGAAAGAUUGCGGGAGUGCUCAACGGAUGGGUUGAUUUUGAGGUGGCGUACAAAAAAUUGUCAGGGCAAGCGUUACCUUUAAAUCUCUACAAGAAGUCUUUAACCAUCGCUGUUAUAAUUCCAAUUUUAUCAACAACCUCCGUUAUCAUAACACACGUGACCAUGGUGGACUUCAAAUUGGUACAAAUUAUACCCUAUGUGUUUCUUGAGAUACUGACAUAUAUUUUAGGAGGCUACUGGUAUUUGCUAUGCGAAACACUUAGCAUUUGCGCCAAAAUUUUAGCAGAAGACUUUCAACAGGCUCUCCGCCAUAUUGGUCCAGCUGGGAAAGUUGCUGAAUAUCGGGCGCUUUGGCUGCGUUUGAGUAAAUUAACCCGCGAUACGGGCAUCGCCAACUGCUACACUUUCACUUUCGUUAAUCUCUAUUUAUUUUUAAUUAUCACAUUGUCGAUCUACGGCCUACUUAGCCAGAUCUCCGAAGGAUUCGGGGAAAAAGAUAUUGGACUGGCACUUACAGCUACUUGCGGAAUACUUUUGUUAUUUUUUAUCUGCGAUGAAGCCCACUAUGCCUCCCAGAAUGUACGGACUAAUUUUCAAAAAAAACUGCUGAUGGUUGAGCUGUCUUGGAUGAAUACUGAUGCACAGACUGAAGUUAACAUGUUUCUACGUGCCACGGAAAUGAAUCCUUCACAAAUAAGUCUCGGAGGCUUUUUUGAUGUCAACAGAAAUCUGUUUAAAUCGCUUUUAGCUACAAUGGUUACAUACUUAGUGGUAUUACUUCAAUUCCAAAUAAGUAUUCCUGACGACAACCACGGUGGAAUGCAAUUUGAGGAGAGGGCUUACGUUAACGAUACAACCACUACACUAGAACCUGCCACGAUCACAACAACUAUGACUUCAAUUCUGACAACACUCGCUAAAAAGAAGAAAAAACAGUAG